AGUACUUCCACCAAAAUGGAAGCGCCAUAACAGGUAAAAUUUGGGGGCAAACCCAAAUAGUAAAAUACACGAUUUUGUCGGAAUUGGAUAAAGCUGAGGAAACAAAAGGAUGAUAGCAGCUCAGAGUCUCUCCUCCUCCGUUCUACUGCCGCUGCUUUGCCCUACACCGCCGGUCCACCGCCGCGUCGCUCGUUCUCAACUUUCCGAUAUUGAGUUCUCGUCGAAACUUCCGUCAAUUACUUUCCUUUCCGCUCACAAAUUUUCUAAACGUACAAGGACUAGUACAGUUCGUGGAAUCAAUUCCAAUGACCCAAAAGAAUCGGCGUUCUUCGACGAAAACGGAGUCGUUGAAGAUAUGGAUAGCUAUCUCAAUCAUCUUUCCCUAGAGUAUGAUUCUGUAUGGGACACCAAACCCUCCUGGUGUCAACCUUGGACAAUAACUCUUACUGGAACAGUGAUAAUUAGCUUGAGCUGGCUGAUUCUGCACUCGGCUGUAGCCACUGCAGUAGUGAUGACUACAAUUGCGGCAUGGUGGUACAUCUUUCUUUAUUCUUACCCCAAGGCAUAUUCAGAUAUGAUUGCAGAGAGAAGAAAGAGUGUGAUAAACGGUCUAGAAGAUACACCAGUAAUGUUAGGUGGACGCCUCUUGGGCAACAAUAUUCUGUUAGGUGGGGAUGAAUUUGAUCUAUAUGUUUAUAGUUCAGCCGUGUUUAGUAUGUGAUUACGAACAAGGUUUUCAUCGAACAAACUGCAGUUGCUAUGACCAAUCUUUAGUAGAUAAAGUGGAGGUGUCAUUUCAUGCAGUUUUUAAUUGUAGUCGAACACUUUUGCUGUAUACCCUAACCAAGAGGCAGUACAGAUUUGCUAAGUUGUUUUGAGUUUCUAAGGAUAUGUUGCUAAUUAUUAAGUGGCCCGUAAACUUUAGCCUCUAGAUUUUUUAUUCUCGAUGGGAUUGUCUGCUGGCAACACACACCUUUCAGAUAAAGUUGGAAGCAGUAGCACUGAAUUGAUUGUUAAUACU